AAGGAUUUCGUUGCUCCAUCGAGCACACAUGCGAUGAAUCAUAGGAAUGAGAAACUGUUCCCUUGUUCGGAAUGCAACACGAGUUUCAUCUGGCCAUCACAUCUGAAUAGACAUACGAAGAUUCAUACCGGUGAGAAAUGA